AUACCUGUUCCCACCCAUCACCUUCCACUCAAAAUGACCGCCCCCCUCCAAAAAUUCAAACUCAUCUUCUUCGUCCCCGCCUCCGCCCUCACCCCCUGCAAAGCAGCAAUCUUCUCCGCCGGCGCGGGCCGCUACCCCGGCUACACCGAGUGCUGUUUCACGAGCAGAGGUACGGGCCAGUUUCGGCCCAUAGAAGGGGCGGAUCCGCAUAUUGGUAAGGUCGGCGCGCUGGAGGAGGUGGAUGAGUGGAGGGUUGAGACGGUUUGUGUGGGGAGGGAGACGGUGGGGAGGGUUGUUGAGGCGUUGAAGAAAGCACAUCCGUAUGAGGAACCGGCUUAUGAUGUGUAUAGGAUGGAGGACUUUUGA